AUGGCGCUCUCAAUACCUUUCACCGAUGUCCAGAUCAAGUCGGACUUCUGGGACGACAUCAUCAAAGUUUCUCGAAAACAAAGCCUGGAAAUUAUUUACCAGAAGCUCAAGUCAUACGGACAAUGGGAUGCUAUGCACCUUAAGUGGAAGCCAGGCGACGCCGGCGUGACUCCUGAUAUUCUGUGGGACAGCGACGUUGGCAAAUACGUGGAAGCCGCAUCGUACGCUUUAUACCAUGAAGAGGACCCUGAGACGAGGGCCAGAGUCAAUGAAGGCAUAGACAUGAUCAUCAAAGCACAACAAGAUGACGGCUAUAUUGGAAUCUACCAUACCCUAGUUCAACCAGGAAAGCGGUGGUCAAGCCUGGCACACAAUCUGGAGCUCUACGGAGGUGGCCAUAUCUUGGAGGCAGCCAUCACGCAUCAUCUCGCAUCAGGACGGCCAAAAGAUGACCAGUUUCUCGCAGCUAUGGAACGAUAUGUCGAGCUGCUAAAGAAGGUCUUCGGCGAGGACAAAUUGCUUAACUAUCCUGGCCACCAAGAAAUCGAGCUGGCUUUGAUGCGUCUUUACGACAUUACCGGUGAUCGAAGCUUGGUUGAUCUGGCCAAGUUUUUCAUCGAGGAGCGAGGUCGAACCGAUGCACCCCGUAAAGGCCAUGCUUGGGAUAUUGCUGCUGUAAAGAGGGGCGAUGAUCCUGAGACCUUCUUCCCAUACUACUGGCCCCGACCUCGUUGUUACUGGCACAUGCAAGCGCAUCUUCCGAUACGAGAACAGCAUGAGAUUGUCGGACACUCAGUACAAGCAAUGUACUGGCUCUCUUCUGUUUUGGAUGUCGCUCUCGCAACUGGUGAGGAUAGCUACCUCGAAGUUGUGGACCGACUCUGGAAGAACAUGGUUGACCGCAAGAUGUAUGUCACUGGCGGUAUCGGCAGCGUCCAUAUCUACGAAGGGUUUGGCCCUGAGUACGACCUUCCGAACGAGACUUCGUACGCCGAAACAUGUGCCGCAAUUGGCGUAAUGUACUUGGCUCAACGGAAAUUGAAAGUCAAGACCGAGGCAGCGGUGGCAGAUAUCCUCGAAUUGUCCAUGUACAAUGCCAUGCUUGCCGGGCUCAGUCUCGACGGCAAGACUUUCAACUACGACAACCCGUUGGCGACGGUCAACUGCUCGCACAGCCGCAGUGACUGGUUCAAAGUGUUCUGCUGUCCCUCCAAUAUCUGUCGAACCCUCAACUCCCUGGGUGGCUAUCUAUACGGCUUGGACGAAUCUGACAAAGCUGUUCGCCUCACUGCGCAUACGUACGUUGGAGGGACAGUACGUGCGGGCAAAACAUUGUGGAAAGUGCAAACGGAGUGGCCCUGGAGCGGCAAGACAACUUUCUCUGCUACAGAAAGCUCUGAGGAGAAGACGAUUCUGCGACUCCGUAUCCCUGGCUGGGCCAAGCAAUAUGAGAUCAAAGUGAACGGACAAGUAACCAGCGCUGAAGUCCAGGACGGAUAUGCGUCACUUCCCAUCCGCAGUUACAACACCCAAGACGUCGUGGAAUUUACCGUCCCCAUGGUGCCGCAAAGAAUCGAAUCACAUCGGCUUGUGCAUCAGAACAGGAAUUGCAUUGCGUUGCGACGUGGCCCUUUCAUCUACGCCCUUGAGUCCGUCGACCAAGACCCGGCGCUUAAAGACCUCCGGCUCGCGCGAAUUGAUCCUUCGGCAAAGAUUCAGGAUUUGCAGAUGAAUAUUGACGGCAAAUCGAUCGUCGGUUUGAAGACUCGAGGUUGGGCUCUGAAGGUUCCACAGAAUCCUCGGGCAUCUCGCGACGAAGCAGACACGAAAAAGAAGAUGGAACCUCAGUCGAGCUGA